AUGAGCAUUACCGCCGGUACGCUGCCUCCGGUGAAGGGCACCUCGGUCAAGAAGUCGCCGCGGAAGGGACGGCCGGCAGACAGCAUGGGGAACGGCACUGGUGCUGCAGCGGACCCUCAUUGCUACCACAAAUGCCGCUGCUACGGUCAUGACGAUACACUCCCCAACUACAAGCUUCUCACGAUUCCGCGUACCAACAACUACUACGCAGCCACUGGAGGCUGCCCGUGCGUGCCUCGCGUAGCAGCGCACCCUGGUAGCUGGCGACUGAAGGAGGGUCAGCUGCGCUCUUCUACCUAUCGCUGCGGCACUGGGUGCAUCAAGAAGAGCGCUGCACUGACUUUGGGGUGCUGCCACCACAGCGGCGACCAGUACGGAUGGCGGCGGGGGCCGCACACGGUCCUGGAUAAGAACACCGCAGCGACGGGCAAGUGUGACACGUUCGGCAAUCUCGCCUUCAAGUCCACCUCCCGCGCGUACUGCGCUGUGGGCGGCGACGACCUCAGCGACGUGAGCAGUGCGUCUCCACAGAAGCUGGAGGAUUUGGAGGCGCUCAUUCUUGAGGAGCACCAGCAGCGCAUGCGUGUAGAGGAGGACGUCGAUGAGCUGGCCGGUAUCCAGCGCAACGGCACGGCGGACUGGUACAAGAAGAUCCACCACGACGCAGAACGCCGCCGGCUGCUUGCGCAGAUCUCCGAGGUGGAACUACAGGAUCUUCUGCGUGAUGUGAAGAACAUUGUGGACCGCCCGCUCAACCAGACGAACAUGGAUCUGCUGCGUCGCAUCCUGCACCGCCAGGAGCACCUCCAGCGCCAGCGUGAGUACUAUGCUGCCCAGGAGCUGGAGUGA